AUGGAGAAGAAAAGAUUCACAGGCCUUCAAGAGAGACUCCUCUCUGUGAGAAGUUCAGAGGUACAUUUGACUCUAGAAAAUUUGAAGAGAAACGUUUUGUGCCACUAUCUCUUCUUCGCCGUGCCCACGAUAUUUUGUUACACUGAACCUAGCAAAAAGCCUGAAGAAUUUACAGAACAGCCAGAAGAUCUGCUACCGCCUCCCCCACUGCCACCGACGCCGCCACCUCCGCCACCAGCAUCUUCAGUACUACCAGCAUCUCCGUCAACUCCUCCAUUUCAUAUCUCUCAGAUAGAUGCCAGAUUAGUCGAUCCAAGUAUUGGAUUAUUGAUGCCUCCUCUGCAGAAGCCUAGCAAUCUCGCCGUAUUUUGUGAUCACAACUAUACCAUAGAGGAUACAGUUCAUCAAUGAAAACUAAUUCAGCAGCUGGAGGAGCAAGUUGAAAAACUGUGGAAGAAAUUCAAGACAGUGCAGCAGCGAUGCCGGCGUCAGGAAAAACAAACUGAAAAACUGAGAGAGGUUGUUCAUUUUCAGAAAGAAAAAGACAUACUGGCAGGAAAAGGCUACAUGAUUCUACCCAAUGACUAUUUUGAAGUUGUAGAAGUACCUGCCUAGAAGUCAUGAACAUCGGUUUUCACUUUGCUAGGACAAGAAAUUUAGUUUGAAAACUAAAUGCUCUCUAAUUCUGUGCACAAGACUCUCUAAGAGUUCUCAGACAGUAAACAUGCAGUCAUACAAACGAGAAUACAAUUUUUCUUCACGGUCAUUUCAGUUUGAUACACUUCGAAAGUGCAAGCAUCUCAGAAUUAGAAUGUGCAUUUAGUUUACAAAAUCUGAAUUGAUUUACAGAAGGAAAAGAUGCAAUGGUGAAUACAUUUAAAC